GUCGCGGCCACUCGCCACGCGACUGAAUCCCCAUCGCGGAGCGUGACCCGCGCCGCGGUGCUGAGGCCGCGCGGUGGCCGCCGCGGUCGCGCCUGGCCACUCUGCGCGGGCCGAGCGUGCCACACGGGAUGCGGGUGCAGGGGGGGGAUGAGCGAGCGAGUGAUGAUGAUGAUGAUGUCCCUGACGAUUGGGAUGGGCGGUGGUGACGACGCCUCGGUGGGAGGGCCCGCUGCCGCCUCUCGGGCCGAGCAGGAAGCGCAGAAGGCGCUUGGAGCUCGCAAGCAACAUUAGCGCGCUGCCCCCGGCCGGCAGGCGACCCGUGGUGGCGGCUCGUACAUCGCGACAGCGUUGACGAGACGCACACUAUUUUGUCUUUGCCGUGGCGGUGACAUCAUCGAGUCUCUACAAAAAUGCUGUCGGGCAAGGUCCGUGUGAGGCUGGCCAGGAUCCGGUGUAUCCUGGAGAGCGUCCGGUGCUUCAGAGAUGGCCUGCCGCUGCCAGAAGCGCUCUGCUACGUACCGAGGGAGGUGGUCUACAUGAGUGUGCGUCAGGGCGACUCCGCAGGCCCUCCCGACUCCGAGGGACCUCAACGCAGCUCCCCGUUGCCUGGAGACGGCGUGUGGGACCGUCCUGGACCGGGCUCUCAGGCCCCGGCAACACCUCCACCUCGCAUGGUGGUCCCCCUGGCAAUGAGCGAGGGGGCUUUGGUGAGAGCGAGCGGCGAGCUGUACUGUGAUGGGACGGGCGCGUGGGCCAAGGUGUUGCAGCCGGAGCUCGGAAAACUCGGCUGUCCGAGUGACAUGGAGGAGGGCUGGGUUCUCCUCUAUCGUCCUGAGGAUCAUAGGAUGGCAUUCGUCCCAGUUCCACUCGGCAAGAGCAAUGACGGCAAGGACAACGAGCAGAGCAGUUGGAAGCGAGCCGUGGAUGUCAGUUAUUGCCUGCAGCAGGGGUGCAGACCUCCCCUAGCCAUCUGUGACAGUGCCGCUGUGGAGAAAAUGAGGUUGGCUCCGAAAGGCUGGAACCUGCAGUGCGAUGAAGAUCUGGCUCAAUUUCUGCUCAGUUUUUCCAAGAAAGAGUCAGAAAAUCUCGACAAUGCUAAAUUAUACGUGAAGAAGAUUGACGCCUCGCACAAGCCAAGCAAGAACCCGGUUAAGAACAUCACAGAUGAUGACCCGGCAACGUAUUGGGCAACGGACAAUUCUGAGGCGUGGUUGUGCUUGCACAUGAAGCCUGGUGCCAUCAUUCAGAAGAUGUUCCUCAGGCACCUGACGAACGACGACAACAGGGUGGGACAGGUGACGGUGCUCGGCGGAGAGACGAUGGACUCCCUCAAGGAGGUCAACCACGUCGCCAUCGCCAAUGACGCCAGAGACGUGUGCCUGCUUGCGAACGCGUGCGUGCACUACCCCCUCGUGAAGAUCCACCUGCAGAGCAGCUCGCGAUUCAACAACAUCCAGAUCAACACUCUGCAGAUGAAGUGCUCAUUCAUCCCUCUUCCUCCAAUGAGCUUGUCCGCAUUUGAGCCGCCACGGUUGGCGCUGUUCCCUCGGCUUGCGCGGUUCAGCCCCGACUUCUUGUGCCAGCGCUCGAUCGCAAUCUACAGGUUCGUGGAUCUUUUUGAAGAGGUGAUGCCAUAUGUGCUUCCAAGUUGGGAAUAUAGCAAUGGAAGCUUUUCAGAUUUUCAGAGCGUGAAGAACCUGCUGGCGCUCUCGAGCGAGCGCGACAUGUUCAUCGACUCGGCGCUGACGCGGAACUUGCCGUUGUCAACGACCAACACGACGGCCCACAUCACCGUGGACCGCACCGCGGCCCUGCGACACCGCAAGAACCCGCACGCCGACCCGCACUACAGGAACUCGGUGGUCGCGCAGGUGUACCGGGGCCUGCAGGAGUAUGAGCAGAAGGAGUUUCUGGAUUACAGGUGGAAAUCUUCGGAGAAUCAGUGGUGGUCGUGUGAUUUCACCCUGGAAGGAAUGAAUGAUGCCGGUGGCGGGCAGCGCGAGUGUCUGUCGGACAUCGCGGAGGAGCUGUGCCCCAGUGACCCCUACUGCCCCGUUCCGGUGCCAUUCUUCCUGCGCAUGCUGGGACGGAGUACCGGAGGGCAGGAAUCGUGCGUGUAUGUGCCGAACCCAGACUGCCAUGACCUGCACGUGUUCACGUGGAUUGGAAAGAUAAUGGGAGCGGCCUUGCGUGGCGCCAACAUCCUGAUACUGUGCCUCCCGGCGUUGGUGUGGAAGCAGCUCGUCGGGGAGACCGUGACUUGGAGUGAUUUCAGAUCCGUGGAUGAGACUCUGGCGAGGUCGCUGCGCUCGCUGGAGGAGGCGGCAGACGAGGCGGCGUUCGCGCAGCUCUUCGGCGAGGAGCUGACGUACGCGACGACGCUGAGCAGCGGCCGCACCGUGGAGCUGGUGCCGGGCGGCGCGGGGCUGCGCGUCCACCACGGGGACCGCCUGCGCUACGCCCGUCUCGUGAAGGAGGCGCGACUCUGCGAGAGCCGCCAGCAGGUCGAGGCCAUCAAGAAAGGAAUAUUUUCCGUGGUCCCUCAGCAAAUUGUCAACCUCUUGACUUGGCAAGAGAUGGAGCGGAUAGUGUCUGGAGAGGCCGAGAUCACCAUGGAUGUUCUGAAGAGAUCAAUUACCUCCGUUAUGGAUAACGGCGAAGCCCGAUUGAAGUGCCUCUUCGAAGCGCUGUCGAACUUCAGCAAUGAGGAUCGUAGACUCUUCCUACGAUUCGUGACAGGGAGAAGUCGCCCCCCAAUCACAAUUCAAGUGAUGCAAUCGAGCUCAAAUAAGUCGGACGUUCUUCCCGAGACUUCCCUUUGCUCCAACACGCUCAUCCUUCCCAAUUACUCCAGUGCAAAGGUGUGUGAAGAGAAGUUACAUUUUGCGAUGUAUAACUGCACCACCGUGGACCGUGACGCCGAUCACUAACGCUGAUGGACUGCAGUGUCACCGGAAAAUUGCAAGAGAGAUGCGUGAGAAAAUACGCUUGCGAUAUAGCGAAUUCCCAAAUAAACACAAUGAGAAAAUGUAUAAUAAACGGUGAUAAAAUAUCAACGUCGUUUUGCUUUUGUAGUCCCCCCAAAAAUAAUCAUCCCCCUAAACAAUCGCUCACUUGCAGUGGAAGGAUUUCGGACCCAUUGGUGCAGACCUCUCGCUGGUAUCCCCUGGUAUGUGUGAGAUUUCUUGAGCUCCCCCCCCACCCCCCCACAUGCCGUGCACUCCCUGUGAAAGUGUCCAAUCAUCGCCCACUUCAGGGACGCUCCUGAGAAAAAAAGCCUCGACACAUUGAAGCUUUCGGGAUAUACGAUUGACAUAAUCAUCAACAACUACACUUAAUUAUUUACGUCAACAUCAUCAACUACAAUAACAUCAUCAGAAUCAUGAGCAUGAUGACAUGAUGAUGAUUCUAAUGGCAUCCCAUCAUCUUCAUUAGCAUCUUCAUCCUGCUUGUUUAUGCCUCCUUCCGCCACUCCGAUUGUCUGACACCUUUCCGGUCAGAGAAAGAGAGGUUCCUCCUUCAUAAUGUCGGUGUGUUCAGGGCAUUGUGCUUUUACCAAUGUUUGGAGGAAUUCACAACAGCUCGUGUCGUGCUAUUAAGUUUCAAUGCAAGUGGAAAUGCUGCGUCGACGCAGAGGAUUGGAACGCGAGUCGUCAAGGAGUGGCUGCAUUGUACCUCACGGGGGGUUAUGGCCCCGAGGGUGUGUGAGGGCCACUGGACAAGUUCGGUCUUUCUGGUUUCCUGGGCCAGCAGGGUCAGAGUUCAUUGACAGUGAUCUCCAGAAGAGUCGUGACGCUUUGUGGACGCAUUGAUCGCCACUCGUGAGACUCGCCUGAACGUACGUGACUAAGGCCUUGCAUGUUUUUACUCAGAAAAAUCACAUCGUAGUCCCGAAGCUCUUUUUAAGUGGGAUUGUUUGCCUUGCUUGGGAUGUUUGGGCAAUUAAUUACAGAGUUUUAAUUAAUCAUGUGCCCCAGGAAGAAAAGCAAGAGUGUCCAGAGAAAACCUGUGCUGCAGAGAUAGCGCUCCAUCCCAGCACAAGCGUGUGGUAAAUGUGAUGUAAGCAGCAUUCAAAUGAGAAGCUAUUGCAUUUGAGGAAGAAGCUACGAAGUUUACAGACCCGACAUUAUAUAUUGUUCUCUCUCGUUAAUUGAUUUCUUGACAGAUGCAUUGUUCAGUGGGAGGCUCUAUUGAAUAUUGUCAGUGCAAAAUGUGGAAUGUUGAGGUUAAUCACAAAGCAAAUGUCAACAUGUGUCACUUUAAAGUGCCAAUAUUCAUUGCUUGCAUCCUCCACACAUCCAGACAUAUCCAUAGUGAACAAGCUUAAAAUCUAGUAUUUGCUGUCGUAGGUGAGUUGUGUUUAAUGUAUGACACUGCAGUGUAUUGGUAUUGCCAUGUUGCAAUGCGGCAUGAUACUCUUAACAGACACAAUAGAGAGGCUGUCUACAUUUGUGCUUGGACAACGAGCAGAUUGUCUACCGAUGUUUUACAUUUUAAGCUAUGGUGUUUUAACAAUUAACAAUCGUAAAUUAUUGUUGUUCUACAUUUUCACUUUGAAACGAUGCUUCCUGUUCUCUAGUCCAGUUCGUUUCCCCAUUGUCCAUCUGAAGCGUUUUCCGUCUCUGGGUCCUACUCUUGGCAUUCACCUUUCUGUGGAUUUGGUCGAUAUGUCUCAGCCAUUACCCAGCCAUGUCUAUCUGAGUAUAGCACUUUGCUCAAUUCUGAGUUAAAAUUACGGUUUGUGGUGUCAAUUCAGUCCAUUAUCCCUCUGAGGAUGAUUAAAUGUAUGUAUGUUGAACUUCUUUCGCACCGUACGCAGCCCACCGUGCUAAUCGUAGCACCACUUUGUAAGAAAUCAGCGGACAUGGUCUAUUCCCUGCCGGAUGAAGGCCUCCCCAAGCCGCUGCCAUCUCCCAUUGACCUUACAAUGUAAACAUCCAUCGAGCACCUACACAGAUGCUGAUGUCAUCGCUCCAUCUCCUCGGUCGAUGUCCUCUCAGACGCAUUCCAUUCCUUGGCUGUGAUUCUGUCAAUGUCCUUCACCAUCACCCAUCGUCCCUUCUCGCCAUCACAUGUCCUGCCCAAGCCCGACUCGCUUCACGGCUUUAAUCAAGUCUGUAAAUGUGUUCCUCUCUCUCACUCUAACUUUAAGUAUGCGUCUAUCCAUGCUUCUUCGUGCACUUUUCAACUUUUGUAAAACAAGUUUUGUAAAACAAAUAUGAAAAAAGGACAACUAUACUCACGAGAAUUUGUCAGUUCCAUCGAAAUCAAAUCUGAUAACUACACUCACCAAACAGAAUACAAACUACGUUAAAAGCCCGUAAUAAUUAUGCUCACGGUAAAGAUGACAUCCAAUCAAACGACAGGAAAAGCCGAUGAAGGGAUGUCGACUGAUCAAAAGCAUUCUUCACGAGGCACAUAUCUUGUUAUCAAGUUAAGGUUUUCCGAAAGCCCUCUAACCACCUGCGUUUGUUCACCUCUUUAUUAGAUAGUUUCGAUUCUGGGCCAUUCUUCAAUCGCUGCUGUAGUUUUAUUCUGCUGUGUUCUGUUAUGUCCCUACAACAAAUGUCCCCUUAUUAUUUUGCAGAUGUAUUGUUUAGUGCAUUGUAUGGAACCACUGUUUAUAUAACUAGACUAAUCAUUGAAAUGCAAAUAUGUAAUUUGUACCACUGGCUCAGGGUUAUCAGUGCAGAUAAGCACCACCUCAGUGCUUAUUUAAGGACACGUUUUGACUUGCCAUAGUUGUUUUUCCUGGUACUUGUUUUCUUAGUCACGUUCAUGCAGGUGUAGUGAUGCACCUCACAGACACUAGAAUGGGAGGCACUCUGUUUAUUAAGGCCCUCCUCACAAGCACAGGGAAUAACUGCACGUGGUCAGGACAGCAACAGGCUGCCUGACCAACAACGCUGAAGACGAUGACGAAGACGUAGCUCCCACAGGCUUCCACUCCAACAACCCCGAGUCCCCUACGGGGGUCCCCCUUUUAUCCCCCUAGCGCAGCCUCGCCCCGCCCUCGGCCACACCCCCCUUUCAGAACCUACCACGAGGUUAUCGGGCUUCCUCUCACGUACCCCCUGUCACCUUAUCCCCACUUACUUUCCUCCCCACUUCCCUUCCUCCCGCCUAUUCCAUGACCUGCCGACCUGCCAGGGCUGUUACAGCAGCAGCAGGUCCCCUUCUGGCCAGCAAGCCGCGCUGCCCGCCAUAGUGAUCCAUUCCAUGUCACUGCACAGGUGCUGUUGUUAGUUUCUGGUUUAUGCACCUGCUUGUAGUUUUAGAUUAAGCCAAUUUUCACUCUUACAAAAAACAAAUCCACCACUUUAAAUGCUCUCUACAUUUAAGUAAAUACUUUAAUACUGUUUUAUACAUUGAACCUAAAAGGACAAGCUGCACCAAAUAUAGGGCAGACAGGUAGGGGUUUGAUUGAGUGUGUUUUUUGGAUAGGUCACAUCAUACGUUACCACAUGGCCAAAACCACCACCUCCCAUCUUUGUAUGGCUGAUUUUGAUGUAGAGCAACAACUAUGAGUUUACAUCCAUGUGGUUGAGCCAGAUGAUGAGGUCAGUGGUGUAUCCCUGUGAUGAUGCCUCCCGUAUUUGUAAAUCGGGCAUCGAGUCGUUCUGGCUCAAACCUGAAAAU